AUGGACGAUAAAACUGAACAUAAUAUGAACGGAAUAACUGAUUCAUCAGCACGAUUAAAAUCAUCGUCUGGAAAAGGUUUAAUAACGACAAAUAGUAUGCAUGAUGAUGCUAAUUAUGACGCAGAUGCGAAUUAUUCAAAUCAACUAGCUGAAUUAAAUAAUCAAACUAAAAAUGAUUUUAUAUCUUAUUGCUUAUCAUUUUUACAAGAUGAUGAAGAAGCUCGAGAAUGCGUUCAAGUUGUAUGGAAUAAAUACUUGCAAUGUGUCGGUGACGUCGCCAUGAUAUCUGCUUUUUUUGAUACACUUCCAUUUAACAUAAAAGCAUCUGUUUUACAAAAAUAUCAAAAUGAAAUCAUUGAAUGGUGUCGAAAGUUAUUUCAUAUUAACUGUGAGACAUUACUUUAUUCAACUUUUUAUUCGGAAGCAUUUGUGCGUGUAAUCCGUUGUACACUUAAACAAGUUCAUUAUGACAAUGAUUUAUCAAUAAAAAAAGCUAUUAUUUAUGUAUCGAUGGAUUUUGAUGAAAAUUUAAAAAAUGAUUUAUUAUCGUCAAUAUCAAACAUUAAAUUUGAACAUAUACAAAAUGAUUUCACACAUGAAGAUAUGAUUGAUGUUCAGAAACUUGAAGAAUCAAUUAAACAAGAUUUAAAUGACGCACAUUCGUAUCCAUUUAUGGUCAUUGCCAAUAUAGGCACUACAUUAUUGGGUCGUUGUGAUGAUUUGAUUAAAAUAAAACAAAUUUGUAACCAACAUAAUAUUUGGCUUCAUGCAAUAGGUGAUUUAUUGGGUUCAUUAAUGUUGCUCUCAAUCAUUAAAGAAAAUGUGAACUUCAGUUGUGAUAGUCUAACGAUUGAUAUUGUUAAACUAUUUGGCAUUCAAAAUUUACCAUAUGUAACAUUUUUGAUUCGAUCGGCAAGUGAUAAAAAACAAGAUAAACAAAUAGACUUUAAUUCUACACAUGAUGAACAAUUAAGCACUGAUAAUUUAUCUACAAAGUCAACAGCAAGUACAAAUAUAUCAUCAUCAUCAUCAACAGCAACAGUUUUAAAUAUUAAUAAUGUAUCAAUGUCUCAUUCAUUUGAUGAUGUUAUUUUACAUAGCCCAUCAAUUAGUUUUUUAAGUAUAUGGUCUAUUAGUCAGCGGUGUUCAAACAAUGAUGUUCUUCAUCAUAUGAAACGUUCAUUUGAGUUAUCAAAUAUUUUGAUGAAAAAUUUAAAAAAGAUUAAAACAUUAAAAAUAUUGACUGAUGAUGAUAAUCAAGGAGUUUUUACUUAUAAACGUAUUUGUUCAGGUGAUGUAUCCGAUGAACCAUUACCAAAAACUAUGGUUAUUUUUCGUUUUCAAACUACUGAUGUACCAAACAUUGGAGACUUCGAUGCUUUAUAUAAUUAUAUUGAUCUUCUUAAUCUUUGGUUAUUCGAUAAACUCUCUCAACAAUAUCCAAAAAUGAAUCUAGAAUUACUUAAAGGUAUUCAUUUUCAAAUGUUAAAGCCAGUUGAUAACAGUGCAGAACGAACGCCAGCCCAUGCUAUUCGAUUUGCUCCGUUAGAACACUUAGUAGAUAUUAUCGAUGUUCUCGAUGUUCAAGCUUUUACAGAUGAUAUGCAACAUUACAGUGAUAUUCUUCUUGCUACUAUGGCUGCACGCGUACGACUUCCAUCAAGUGUAGCGAACUAUGAAAAUAUAGUUUCUAUUUCAGUACCUAAUUGGGCAGGUAUUGGAGCGAUUCGUUAUAUACCGAGUCAUAUUAAUAUGCAGGAACAAUCCGAAUUAUCAACGUAUGAUAUAAAUACAAUUCAAGCUGAAUUAGCAAGAAAACUACAAGUCAAUGAUUCGGCAUUUUCAUUGGGCGGUGGAACAAAUGAACAUGAUUCAAUGUUUUAUUUACGUUUAGGAAUGAUUAGAAAAUGCGAUGAUCUCGAUGUAUUAUUACAAAAGAUAGCAGAUAGUGGUAAAGAAACGGAAACGUCAUUAAAAUAUGUUGAAGAUAUGGCCGAAAAAAUCAAAAUUGGCAUUGAAAAGGUUCAAAAAGAUUUAGAAAAUGAAAAUCAGCAGAUACUUGCACAAGAAGGUCUUUUAAGACAAUUACCAGUCAUUUCAAAUAUUAUAUCAUGGUGGAGUCCACCUCCAGCAGCCACAUCAUUAACUACGAAAGGUCGAUCAUUUGAUUUGAAUUCUGGUUGUGUUGAAUCGACUGAAGAUACGUAUGUUUACCGUAUGCAAAUUAAAAAGCAAUCUCCUCAUGCACUCACACAUAAUGACGGUGAAGAAGCUACGCCUGUGACAAAUACUGGCACAACAUCAAACAGUACUGAUGAUAUUUCUGAACAAAAUCAUAACCAAUAA